AAACCAACUAGAUCAAGAUGAAGAAGCUGCUGCUGCUCGUCUUGAGCAUCACAGUGGUGCUAGGGAUGCCAAAUUUUCAAUCUAAGGUGGGAGAAAAUCCAGAGGAAAACCAGCACCCAGUUGUUGGGGACGUGAUACCAGCCCACGGUCAUGUGGUGGUGGAGCAUCCUGCACCGCAGGUUUUACUGAGCCCCAAAAAGCAGCAGGAGAACCCAGAUCCAGAGGAGCAGAAGGAGAAGGAGGCUGAAGCUGAGCCCAAAGAGAAGCCAGGCCUUACAGAGGUACAGGGACUGAAAACAGACAUGAAGUCUGAAGAGAAGGAAGAGUUAAAACCAGAUCCCAAACCAGCAGCAGAGGCACCAGUAGAGGAAGAAGCUAAACCAGAGGCAGAGUCAGAGCUUAUAGAGGAACCAGAUUUGAAGGUGGAAUCUGAGGUCAAAGUCGAAGUUAAAGGACAACCUCAAUAUGAGCUGGAGGAAGAAGAAGAAGAUAAAGAAGAGACAGAUUUUAGGGUGCAGUCAGAGGUUAGGGUGGAAACCGAGGUUAAGAUGGAGCUAGAACCAGAAGAGGUGCAUGUGUUAAAUGCAGCUCCAGAACAGUUUCUGGAAGUUGAAGAAAGACAUAUAGACAUGGAAAAGAAACCUAUGCCCAUCAUGGAAUUAGAACCACUGGAUGAUGGUGACGUCCAUGGCGACGAAGUGAGCAAACCAGUGCUCUCAGAGGAAGAAAUGGCUUUUAGAGAGGCCUUUGAAGAAGAGGAAACUCCUGCUGAACAUUUGACAGAGGAAGAGGAAGAAGAGGAGGAGGAGGAGGAUAAGGUUGAUGGGGAGGAAAAUCUCCAAGAAGAGAAUGAAGACCAAGUUUCAGAUGAGGAAGUGGAGCCUGAACUGGCAGGAGAGCAGAGUCCAGAUGGCAUACCAGAAACUGCAGCUCUUGAUGAGGAACCAAUCGACCCAGAGAUGCAGCAGGCAGUCCCUCUGCCACAAAACUCUUUCCCAGCAGAAGAGGCGGAGAUGGGGAUGUACGUAAGGGAUGGAGCAGCACCCGAGCAGUUCUUAGAGGAACCUGCAAUGGAGGAAGAAGGUUUUCCAAAGAUGAUGGGAGAUGAUAAAUACAGGCAAGGGGCGCGCUAUUGUCCAGGCAUUGUUACGGAUGGAAAGUGUCACCAGUUCUUUAGGGAACGUAAGACAUUUGAGGAUGCUGAGUUCUUUUGUCAGGAGCAAUUUUCAGGUGGCCACUUGGCCUCCAUCACAAGCCAACACCUUCACCAACAGCUGAUGAGUCUGGUUCAGCAAAACUCAGGAUACACACGCACCUGGGUUGGAGGACUACGAAUAGAAAAGCGCUUUGUCUGGUUGGAUGGGUCCCGCUGGAGCUAUGAAGACUGGCUCUCAGGGGAGCCAAAUCACACUUCAAAUGUGGAAUAUUGUGUAGAAAUCCUGGGUGAUGGAAAGUUUAAUGACUUCCCGUGUUGGAACCUUCAAGCUUUCAUCUGCUCCUAUCCUACUCAAUAAAUCCAGAGGAAGAUCAACAGCCUGACUUUUUUUUUUUUACCAGAUUGUUUUUGAUCCAAAGGUUGCUGGGUUUUUUUUCUUUUCUUCCAUUGCUUUAUUCUGUACUUAUCAAGAUAUAAAUUCACAGGCAAACAUUUCAUAUGAAGUACAACCCCCUGUGUGAUUAAGGCAGUCAGUGUCUGUCAGUCAGCAUAAUGUUAACUUUAAAGAAAAAAAAUUAUUUUAUUUUUUUGCCUCCAACAGUAGAGAUGGCUGUGUUUUAUUUUAUUAUAUAACAUGGUCAUGUCACAUGGUUGGUAUGCUCCAAUCAAAUUUAAACAACUUUUGAUUUAAUGGUGGCAGCUGGUUGUGCUCUUUUGCUGCUUCCAGUAAAACCAUUUGCCCAUACUCAAAGAAAUAAACAAUAUAGUUGUUAGAUUUCUUUUCAUUAUUUUUUAAUAGAGAAGUCCUUAAAUGAAGAAAAAUACACUAACUGGUAAUUUGGUUGUGAAUACUAGCAUGAUAGAGUUAAAAGGUAAUAAUAUGUAUAUAGUUAUAUGUGUAGGCUGCUGUAUGUUUUACUGUAAAGAUAAAUAUCAAGGUAUGAAAAAUCUACAGUAUUUACUGUCAGGAAGGCAUGAGACAUACCGAUCAACUGUGAUUGAUAAUUAUUAUUCAUUAUGCAUACAUUAAAUA